AUGAACUACUUAGCACCAUUAUUUGAUUGGUUAGUACAAAAUCGUGAUAUUUUUCAGGAAGUAAUUGAUGAAGGAGGAAAGGAGUACUUCUUGCGAGCGAUACAAGUAUGCAGUCAAGUAUUCAACACGCUCACUGAGAGCAUCCAGGGACCAUGCGUUGGUAACCAGAUGACGCUGGCAAAUUCACGUCUCUGGGAUGCCAUCAAUGGUUUCUUCUUCCUUUUCGCCCACAUGAUGGAGAAAUUGUACAAGAACUCUACUCAGCUUGAAUUGCUUCGUGAAUUUUUGAAUCUCCAAAAGGAUAUGAUUGUUCUGAUGCUCUCUAUGCUCGAAGGUACUGCACCGUAUAUUUCUGGAUCAAGUGUACCCCGAGACGUAAAUACCUUCUCAGGAAACGUUCUCAAUGGACCAAUCGGAAAGCAAAUGGUCGACGCGUUGGUCGAAUCACAACCGUCUGUGGAGAAAAUUCUCAAAUUCUCGGAUAUGUUCUUGAAGUUAAAGGACCUAACAACGUCACAAGCAUUCCAGGACUUCGACACAAAUCGAGACGGCUGGAUCAGUCCAAAGGAAUUCCAGAGGGCUAUGGAAAGUCAGAAGAUGUACACAGUGGAGGACAUCACAUAUCUGAUGAUGUGCACUGAUGUGAACAACGACGGCAAAGUGGACUACAUGGAGUUCACGGAAAGAUUCCACAACCCGGCUCGAGAUAUUGGUUUCAACUUGGCUGUUCUGCUAACAAAUCUCAAGGAACACAUCACUAACGACCCACGAUUGGAGAAAAUUAUUGAGAAGGCACAAACCUUACUGGAGUACUUCGAUCCUUUCCUGGGACGGAUUGAAAUCAUGGGUUCAAGCAAACGUGUCGAAAAGAUCUACUUCGAGAUUCAAGAAUCUUGGUUGGAACAGUGGGGAAAACAGCAAAUUCGUGACUCAAAGAACUCGUUCCUGUUCAACGUACUGCAAGAUGAUGGCGGAGAUCAAGGCAAACUAGAGGCGUUCAUUAAUUUCUGCGAGGACACUAUUUUCGAAAUGCAACACGCAGCAGAGAUCUCGUCUGGUGACACAGAUUCAAAGAUGGAACGUGCAAUGAAACAACGGGAUUACUUCCUGCAGCAGAGCAGUGCUGGAGAACAAAUCUCGCAAACAUUCAAGAGUGGAUAUAAAUACGGUGUGAACGCAGCGUCAGCCCUUAAGCCGGAAAAUGUUAAGCAGACUUUCAAGAGGAUCAGUGGUCAAGUACGUCAAAUGACAUGGAUGCAACUACUCUGGGCGAUUACUCUGAUACUAUUCCAAUGCGCAAAAACGCUUGGUUAUGGUGCCUACCUGCUUCUGAUGACGUUGUUCCGUUUCGCUUACUUCCUCACCCUACCCGAUCGAGCAGAAGAACCGGAGAAGCCGAACAAAAGUUCGUCCUCCCCUCUGUAUUCUAAUCAACCGAUACUGCCUGAGUUCCAUCACACACACGUUGGAGUGGAUGCGUUUGGUUUAGCCGCCGAGCAGCUGCCUACAGCGAACAAUUACUCAGAGAUUCCACAAGUGGUCACUGAUGACUAUACACCUCCCGAUGAUACAACGACAUCCGCCAACAAGACUCCGCCAAAUUUGCCGACUCCACCGCCAAGUAUACCGAAGGCGCCAAGGUUAGGGAACUUUUUGGUUUACUUUUCAAGUUAG